CUGACUCUAAUUAAGCACACAGUGCAGGAACUACUCAAGAAAACACCAGACAUAAUGGCUCUCUGGGAUUUGAGUUUGAGAUCCCUGUUUUAACAACUGUUAGGGGUGAAGAUUCCAGGUCUCUGUUCAAUUUCUUGCAAGUGAAGAGUUGGUCAGGAUCGUGGAAGCCUUGCUUAGGAAUGCGAUGAGGACGACGCACUUUGCGAGAUCAGUGCUGCAGAGACGCUCCACAGAUCCCACGACCUGUUGCUGACAAUCCGGGAGAAGGAGGGGGGAGAGCGGCUUGAGAAGGUACUGCCCUGGUGACGAAAAGCCGUGGUUUCUUCGCUGAAGAAAUCAUGCAGUUUGCAAACCGGCUGGUUGGACUAAUGUGUCACCUCUCUGCUCUCGUCUGGAAUUCACUGGAAUAUCGAUUGCAUCCCAAGCAAGAAAGUUUCAUCAAACAGUUGUCAUCGUAUGAAAUAAUCACCCCGCUUCGUGUAAAUGACUUUGGGGAAACCUUUCCACACACGCUGCACUACAGGAGAAGACGGAGGAGUGUAGAUGCUGAAUUUUCCGGUUUGCGGGCGCACUACAGAAUUGAUGCUUUUGGACAACGCUUUCACCUCAAUUUAACAGCUCAUUCCGGAUUCAUUGCUCCAACUUACACAGUGACACACUUAGGAGCGGAAGACAGCACCGCUACAGACUCUCAUCAAGACGGCACUGAUAUGAGACACUGCUUUUUCAGCGGUCAUGUCAACGCUAAAAGUGAAUUUCCUGCAGUCUUCAGUUUAUGCACUGGUCUUAUUGGAACAUUUACAACCCAUAAGGGUGAAUAUUUUUUAGAGCCUCUGAUGAAGUCGGAUGGGGAGGACUACGAGGACGAGCACAGCAAGCCUCACCUGAUGUACCACCGGGAGAGGAAGGGCUCAAACCCGAGCCCGAGCGCUCCGAGAAACCGCACUGAGCCUUGUGCAGCCUCAGAUAAACCUUUGAAAAGUGAGUUUGUUCUUCAGAGCAACGGAAAUGUCGGAGAAGAAUUGCGCUCCAUUCAAGAAACCAUUGAAACGCAUCAUCCAGGGCUGCAUUCUCUACAUGGGCGAAACCAGUCGCACUCCAGACAGAAGAGGUUUCUGUCCUACCCCCGAUUUGUCGAACUGAUGGUGACUGCUGAUGCAAAAAUGGUCAGACACCACGGACAUAACUUAGAACACUACAUCCUAACAAUCAUGUCAGUAGUUGCUGCAGUUUAUCGAGACCCCAGCGUAGGGAACCUGAUAAAUAUCAUGAUCGUGAAAUUAAUCGUCAUCCACAACGAACAGGAAGGACCUUCGGUCUCUUUCAAUGCUGCUACCACACUGCACAACUUCUGCGUUUGGCAACAGAGGCAGAACUUCCCGGACGACAGCCACCCCUCCCACCACGACACCGCGCUUCUCAUCACCAGGGAAGAUAUCUGCAGGGCAAAAGACAAAUGUGACACAUUGGGCCUGGCGGAGCUGGGCACUAUGUGCGACCCGUACCGGAGUUGCUCCAUCAGCGAGGAGAACGGACUGAGCGCCUCGUUCACCAUUGCCCACGAACUCGGCCACGUGUUCAACAUGCCUCACGAUGACAACCAGAAGUGCAAGGAGGCGGGGAUGAAGCACCAGUACCACGUCAUGGCACCCACGCUCAACUACGACACCAGCCCCUGGUCCUGGUCCAAAUGCAGUCGCAAGUACAUCACUGAGUUUCUCGACACUGGAUAUGGAGAGUGCCUAUUGGAUGAACCCACCGCCAGGACCUAUGACCUCCCGACCCAGCUACCAGGCCAGCUUUACAACGCCAACCGACAGUGCGAGCUCAUGUUUGGACCCGGGUCCCAGGUCUGCCCGUACAUGAAACAGUGCAAGCGCUUGUGGUGCACGAGCGCCGAGGGGGAACAUAAAGGGUGUCGCACGCAACACAUGCCCCUUGCUGAUGGGACUGACUGCGGACAUGGAAUGCACUGCAGGCACGGGAUGUGUGUGAAUAAGGAGAUGGAAGCGGGGCCCAUUCAUGGGGAGUGGGGUCCCUGGGGGCCCUACACCGCCUGCUCCAGGUCCUGUGGGGGAGGCACUAGGAGCACAGCCAGAGACUGCAAUCAACCUGAGCCCCGAAACGGAGGGCAGUUCUGCGUGGGCCGCAGGAUGAAGUUCCGCUCCUGCAACACCGAGCCGUGCCCACGGGACCGCCGCGACUUCCGGGAGGAGCAGUGCACCCGCUACGACGGCCGACACUUCAACAUCAACGGCCUGACCGCCACCGUCCGCUGGGUCCCCAAGUACAGCGGGAUUCUGAUGAAGGACCGGUGCAAGCUGUUCUGCCGGGCCGCGGGGACGACAGCGUACUAUCAGCUGAAGGACCGCGUCAUCGACGGCACGCAGUGCGGGCCCGACACCAACGACAUCUGCGUGCAGGGCCUGUGCCGGCAAGCGGGCUGUGACCACGUGCUCAACUCCAAGGCUCGCUACGACAAGUGCGGGGUGUGUGGGGGCGACAACUCCUCCUGCAAAACCCUCACCGGCACCUUCAACAAUGCUCAAUACGGUUACAAUGUUGUUGUGCGAAUCCCGGCAGGAGCGACAAACAUCGACGUGAAGCAGGUCAGCUACUCUGGGAAACCAGAGGAUGACAACUACCUCGCAUUAUCAGACGGCCAGUCAGAUUUUCUUCUGAACGGGAACAUGGUGGUAUCCAUGUUCAAAAGGGAGAUCAACUUCAAGGGAACACUGAUCGAGUACAGCGGGUCGGACACCAAAGAAGAGCGGAUCAACUGCACCGAGAGGAUCGAGGAGGAGCUGGUCCUUCAGGUUUUAUGUGUCGGGAACUUGCACAAUCCGGACGUUCGCUACUCCUUCAACAUCCCAAUCGAGGAGCACAAGGAGCAGUUUGUUUGGGACCCCUCCGGAGCCUGGCAGGACUGCAGCCGAAUGUGUCAGGGCGAGCGGAGGCGCAGGACCGUGUGCGUUCGCAAGAGCGACCGCCUGGUGGUGUCGGACCAGCGCUGCGAGAACCUACCCCGCCCGGGCGGGGACGACGAGCCCUGCAACAGCGACUGCGAGCUCAGGUGGCACAUGGCGGGCAGGAGCGAGUGCUCGGCGAAGUGCGGCCCCGGGGUGCGGACGCUGGACGUGCAGUGCGUGCGGUACAGCCUGCUGAAGAGCCAGAGCGAGCGACUGGACGCCAGCUACUGCGGACACCUGCCCAAGCCCCCGGGGAGGGAGCCCUGCUCCGGGGACUGCCUGCUCAAGACCUGGCACUACGGCCCCUGGUCUCAGUGCUCUAAGACCUGUGGGCUGGGCACCAGGACCCGCGACUCGUACUGCAUCAACAACCUCAGCCGGCGGUUGGCGGACCGCGAGUGCGCCGAUCACCAGAGGGUGGCGACAGAGAGCUGCAGCAACAGAGCGUGCCCCGACUGGGCCACCAGCGAGUGGAGCGAGUGUUCGGCGACCUGUGGGAAGGGCCCCCGCCAUCGCCAGGUCUUAUGCCAGCUGAACCAGGAGCCCCAGCCCGAGCACCUCUGUGACCCCCAGACCAAGCCCCCCACCGUGGGGAGCUGCCAGCUUCCAGAGUGCCCCUCCUGGCAGGCUGGCUCCUGGGGGAUGUGCACGGUGACCUGCGGCCAUGGUUACCAGGUACGGGCCGUGAGGUGCGUUUCGGGGGUGUACGGGAAGACCCUCGACAACUGGGAGUGUAAUGCAGCCACCAGGCCCCGGGACAGCCAGGACUGUGAGCUGAACCCCUGCCCGCGAGCCCCUCCCCCCCUCAGCACUUCUAACCCCCACCUCCCGGAGCAGUUCAUCACCCAGUGGAGAUACGGCUCCUGGACCACUUGCUCCGUUUCCUGUGGGAAGGGGAAGCAGGCGCGCUACGUUAGCUGCCGGGACGCCCAGGGCAGGGUGGCGGACGAGUCGUACUGCGAGCACCUGCCCCGCCCGGCCGAAUCCAUGGAGUGUUUCAGCGCCUGCGGGGAGUGGCAGACCGGCCCCUGGUCUCCAUGCUCAGUGACCUGUGGCCGGGGACGCUACACCAGGCAGGUGAUGUGCAGUAACUACCACCAGCCGGUGGACGAGGGCUUCUGUGACCCCGACAAGCGCCCCGAAAUGGAACAGGAGUGCGGCGCCCCGCCCUGUUCCAGGUACCGCCUGAGGCCCAAUGACCAGCCCCACGCUGACUACCCCAGCAACCACCCUGGCAACCACCCCGGGCACAGCAGCUGGAACGUCCCCUCAGCUGAGCACCAGUGGAGGACAGGGCCCUGGGGAGCGUGCUCCAGUACCUGUGCAGGGGGGUUCCAGCGUAGGGUGGUGGUGUGCCAGGACAGCGAGGGCAGCCCCACGAACCACUGCGACGAGAGGGUGAAGCCGGUCGAAUCCAAGAGCUGCGAUUCGGGGCCUUGCCCGCACUGGAACUACGGCGUCUGGGGAAAGUGCACGCAGACCUGCGGGUCCGGCAGCCGGACGCGGCUGGUGGUCUGCCAGCAGCCCGGGGGCCAGCGGCUGAGCGAGCAGAACUGUGACGUCCUGGAGAAGCCUCCGGAAGCGGAAGCCUGCAACACGCAGCCCUGCCCCGGCGGCGUCUCCUGGCACAGACGACCGUGGAGCCCGUGCUCGGUGAGCUGUGGAAGAGGGACGAAGCAGCGGGACGCGACCUGCGCGGACGAGUCCCGAACCCCGGUGGAGGAGGAGCGCUGCAGUCACCUGGAGAGGCCCCGCGUGGUGAAGCCCUGCAGGGCCAGGAGCUGCCCUGGCUGGAAGGCCAACAGGUGGAGCCAGUGUUCCGUGACGUGUGGGGCGGGGCUACAGCAGAGGGUGGUGUACUGCAGGCUGAAGGGGGCGGGGCGGGUCGGAGAGGAGCAGUGCAACCCCCGCGCCCGUCCCCCCACCUCGCAGACUUGUCUCCUCCCAGACUGCCGACGCCACUACACCUGGGCAGCAGAUGAGUGGCAAGACUGCAAUGUGACCUGUGGGGACGGGAUAAGGUCCAGGAGGGUGCUUUGUGUGGAUGGGGCCUCGAACCCGGCCCACGAUGCCCUCUGUGACCCCGCCUCCAGACCCGCCCUGUUUCAGCCCUGCAGGGGUGCCCCCUGUCAGCAUGUGUGGAUGACAGGUGACUGGUCACAGUGUUCGGCCAGCUGUGGUCCAGGGUACCAGCAGAGGAUGAUCUCCUGCUCAGAGGUUCACUCCUCUCAGGACCCCCGGUCCUACGCCCCCGAGUCCCCGCCCCACGCAGACUGCCCCAAACCCCACCCCCCUGCCACCCGCCACUGCCAGCUCAGGCCCUGCUCCCCCAUCGCUGUCUGGAAGGUCGGCUCGUGGAGCAAGUGUUCUCAGACCUGCGGCGCUGGCGUUAUGGAGCGAAUGGUGGAGUGCCUCACCCCUAAAGACCUGCCAUCCAAGAGCUGCCGUCCAAUAGACCGGCCGCAAUCCAGGGUCGCUUGUCGGGAGAGGGACUGCGAGCUCUUCGCCUCCUGCCGGGAGGUCCAGGAGAAGGACGGGGUGAGAGUGGACGGGGAACAUUAUCUGCGGGUCAAGUCCCGAAUCCUCCAGAUAUACUGUGCUGAAAUGCAGACCAGUUUCCCUAAGGAGUACGUGACCUUACGUAGCGGUCACACUGACAACUUUUCAGAGGUUUAUGGAUACAGGUUGCAGAACCCGUUCGAGUGCCCGUUCAACGGGAGCCGGAAGCAGGACUGCGCGUGCCGAAACGACUACCCCGCGGCGGGGUACACGCUGUUCCACAGGGUCCGCCUGGACGUCAGCGCCAUGCGCAUAAUCACCACAGAUCUACUGUUCACCCAGACUCCUCUGGGGCGAGCCGUGCCCUUUGCCACAGCAGGGGACUGCUACAGCGCUGCCAAGUGUCCACAGGGCCAGUUCAGUAUCAACCUAUCGGGAACCGGGCUGAAAGUGGCUGAAUCGGUGAAAUGGGUCUCCCAGGGCAACUACGUCACGGUCAAAGUGCACCGCUCAGAGGAUGGCACCAGGAUCUACGGGCGCUGCGGGGGUUUUUGCGGAAAGUGCAGCCCGCAGUCCCAUUCUGGCCUGCUGGUCCAAGUGCAGUGAGCGCUGACUGCAAGGAAAGAAAAAAAAAAAAAUCUGCUGGGGAGCCAAUCGGCUUUGCACACAAAGACUCGGCCACGCCCAUCGCUCAUAAAAUCCCACCAUUCCUCCUGGCAGCUGUCCAUUAACACGCAGGUUGUCUUUCAGUGUAAUGACCUUAUGGAGACGGGCCAAAUUUAUUUGUCAGUUUUGGUUUUCUUUUAAACUUUAAUGAUUACCAAAUGUGUUUGUGCACUAGAUUAGAAGAGCAAACAUGGUUCCAAUUAAAAUAAUCUGAAUGUAGGGUGUAGAGACACAUGCACAUUUACGUCCACUAAACUGACAGAAGCAAUCCUAUCACGUUUUGACCACUUUUUUACAUUGAUGGUUUAUGCUAUGUUAAAUGGUAAGUAAGUUAUGCAAUGGUCAUACAUCCAGUGGUCAUACAUGAGAGAAAAUGAAAGUGGACAUUAACUGUCCUCUAUACAAUUCUUGGUUUCUUGACCUACCCCCCUCCCCCUACCCACAGUGGUCCACAGAAUCUGUUCUCUUAAUGUGUCAGCGAUUCAGAUGCUGUUUUAGCAAAGCCAACCAUUUGAUCAUACGCAUAGAGGGAACCUCUUCUGACACCACUUCUGGUCUUUCCAGAACCUUCCUGGUGUUCUGGGUAUUGUAUUCGCUUGCCUGCUUUGGCAUGCUUGGUCUGGGUACACAGUAAAAUAUCCAGUGUUGAUUCAACUCUAACAGAGUACAUAUGAAUCUAAUUGGGACCAUAUGCACUCUGUAAGAGUUGAUUUAACGUCAACAUUUCCCUGUGUAUGCGUGCAGAAUCAUCCCUGUUUGGGUUCAGGAAAUGUGCUUUUGUCCCAUAUAUACAUCUUCAAAUGAUAGUAACCAGUUCAGACCUCUAUAAAAGUGGAUGCAGGGUGAAAUUACUUUAAAAUGUCAUGUGCGGAGGAAAUAUUGGGUGAUCAGAAAGUUUUAUCGUUGUCCAGUGAGUUUACAUUUUCACUGACUGCUUACUGUAAUAGUCUUGCUCAAAGGUGAGACUUUUGUAGGCUCUUCAAAUACUGUUAUUGAGAGUUUUAUUGUAGCAAAUGAUACUACUGUUAUAAACUACUGAAGAUGAACCCCUUCACUGGACAACAAGAUAUGAUCGGGUAGACCACUGUUAGUAGACUGCAUUUAAUGGCCUAGCAAAACUAUUGAUCAUUUCAUGGGAGCCUUUGUAUAACUUUGUAGUUCACGGUUUUGUACUGUGGAAAAUCAUUGUUUAGAAAGCCUGUUUUAACCCUGCAGAGUGUGGGGGGGAGAAUUGCAUUUCGGCUUUUGGCUUCAUCGGUUCAAUGAUGGAAUGUGAACUGACGAUGGUGAUUAUCCUGCGAAAUGAGUCAACUAAAACAAACUAGAGGAAGUGUGACCUAUCACGUUUCACCAGAAUACUUCUUAUGAUAAAUGACUUUCGUCCAGGUGCGUAAAAACCCUACCUCGCGCGAACAUAUAUAUAUACACGAGAUGCAUUUUAUAUGUACGGUGUAAAAUAUUUAUGUUUGCCUAUUUAUUUUGUUUUUCAUGUAGAAACAUUCAAUAUUGACAACUGCCUGCUGUGAAAGCCAUUAUUUUAUUAUACAUUGCUCAAAAAGUGUUACGUCUUGCGGAUUGACAUGAAUCACUAACCUGACAGAGUAGGUUUCUAUGGUGCUUUUAACUACUGAAAUUACCUCUAAUGAGAAGCAAACUACUAUAAUUACAAUUGGAUUCUGCUUUUACGGAAGCUCAAGACUAACUUGAGGUUUGACGUUACAUGUCUUGUAAUUACGCAUUGCAAACUACCCACAAUACCUUGCAAUGCAUGUAAUGCCCUCCUUUAAAGUACAUGUUUGUUUUUUUAUUUUUUAUUUUUUUAGCUUUAACCAAAGGUGUUUUGUUGUUGCAGAUUAGAACAUUUUUUGUUUGACGAUGCAGCUACUUUUAAUUAUGGAGUUAAAACAUCCCUGAUUAAAUUCAGUGAGCAGCUAGAUUAACUUUGGCUAUCAUCAUUGUUUGAUAGGCAAUUCUACUAUGAGGUCUGUAUCAGAAAUGAAAAGAAUACUUGAUGCACUAUGUGCCAUUAAUUUUGUAGAAGAUUUAACUUUGAAUACCUGCUAUCUUUUCCUUUUUCAUUAACAGUUUUUGUAACUUAUAAAAUAUUUGUAUGUAUUAUUAAUUCAUACUUGAAAUGUGUACCCUGUGUGGUAAAUAUGCAGGCACUCUGGCUGGGUAUCAAGGUGCUUGUGAUGUAUUAUCCAAAGAUUUUUUUUUAAUGAGUCACAUAUCCUUAUGUAUGUAGAUUGUAUAAGAAGAACAAAAAAUGUUUGAUUUAUGGUGCUGUGAUCACAGUUACUGUGAGGAAAUUUUUAAUGACAAUGACAUUAUAGAUAUGACUACUAUACUAACAGUGAUUGUAAGAAUUUAAGAAUAAAAAUGUUUAUCACCAGUAA